AGUAAAUGUCGCCGGGUGUAGUGAGUGGACUGAUAUCAGAGACAGUUGUUCGGUACUAGAUAGUGUACAUGUGUAACAUACUAUGUUUUAACAAAAGGAAACUGUAAAGUGACUGUAUACAAAAGUUAAAAUGUUAAAAUAUAUACUGAACAAAAAAAAAAUGUGACAAUUACGUUAAAAAUGCAGUGAAGUUGUGCUUAAACAAAAAAUAAAUAAUAAUAUGAUUUUUUGGUUGUUUAUAUUGCAAAUAAAAAAGUGAACAAGUGUUAAAAACACUUUCAACUUUCUUGAACCUUAACAGUGCAAUAAACUUUUGACAAUAGUGACACGAUACUUAGCACGUGAACUUUUAACAAUGAAAGAAUCGGUGUUAAAUUUGACAGUUCUAUGUUUUUCUAUCGGUGCUGAAAUCAUAACUCGGAUCAUUCUUAUAAUAAUUCAUUCUAUGGUGUACCAAAGUUUCGUAAUAGCUGAAGUACUAAUGAACAACUAUGCCGUGCUAUAUCCACAGUAUAUUUCGGAUAUAGUAAACGAAGUUCGUACUGGGUGCUACUACAUUAUAUAUUUUAUUUUGAGAACAGUUUCAAAAAAGCUGGUCCUGAUGCACGUGUGGCUGCGAUGGUGCUGCCGGGCGCUAGUGUCGCUGUCGUGGGUGAUCGUCUACCCGCUGACGUACCUGCUCAGCAUUCGGCGGAACCGGAAGUGCCCGCCGCCCGCCAACCCCCUGCUCAUGAAGUCCGCUACCACGCUCGUGUCGAUGAUAGCUAAGCGACAGGUAACAUCAGAGGAAGUGGUAUCAGCGUACAUAGAUCGGUGCAAGGAAGUCAAUCCUUACCUGAACGCCAUAGUCGAGCCUCGCUACGACGCGGCGCUCAGGGAGGCUCGGUAUAUCGACAAGAUGGUGGCUUCCAAUGAGAAGACCCCGGAACAGCUGAUGAAGGAGUUCCCGCUGCUGGGGGUUCCAAUGACGGUGAAGGAGAGCAUCGCCGUUGAGGGGAUGAGCAACGACUGCGGCACGGUGUACCCCGUACGGAACCCGGCCAAGAAGGACGCAGAUAUAGUGAAGAGGGCGCGCGCGGCGGGGGCCAUACCCAUAGCGGUGACCAACACGCCCCAGCUGUGUAUGAACUGGGAGACGUAUAACAACGUGACCGGUUUGACUAUGAACCCGUAUGACCAGAAGCGCACCACGGGCGGGUCUUCAGGGGGCGAGUGUGCUCUCCUGGCGUCAGCGGCCUCGGUGAUCGGCGUGGGCUCCGACAUCGCCGGUUCCCUCCGUCUACCACCGAUGUUCAACGGGGUAUUCGGCCACAAACCCACACCGAGGCUGCUCUCUGUUGAAGGUCACAACCCUGACUGUUUGGACCCGGAGUUCGAGGAGUACUUCGCGUUAGGCCCCAUGGUGCGGUACGCCGAGGAUCUGACGCUGAUGCUGAGAGUGCUGCGGCAUCCCAGCGGCCCGCAAGUGCCGCUUGAGAAGCCCGUGGAUAUCAAACGUUUAAAGUUCUACUACAUGGAGUACGACGAGAGCUACAUCACGAACAAGAUCGGCCCCGACGUGAAAAAGGCGUUUGACAAGGCCCGAGCGUACAUGAAACAUACACAUGGGAUUGAAGUUGAGAAGUUAAAAAUCAAGAAUGUCGGUGACAUGUUCGAAAUUAGCGUCAGAGUGUUAUUCAACAUUCAGCACAUAAAGAACAUUUACACGGACCCUCAAAAUCGGACGGGCUGGGUGUCGCUAUGGCCCAACGUACUCAAGAAGAUGUUCGGUCUCUCAGACCACAGCCUAACCGCCGUGUGCUACGGAGUGGUCAAGAAAUUCUUCGAUACCCUCCCGAAGUCGUCCUACAACAACAUAGUGAAACAAUUCGAGGAAAUCAAACAAGACUUCGAUCGUGCCCUAUCAGACGACGCGGUGCUCCUGUUCCCCACCUACCCGGCGCCCGCUCACCUCCACUACCGCGUGUUCUCCAAGUUCCUCAACUGCGGCUACCUCACCAUCUUCAACUGCCUCGGCCUCCCCGCGACCGCCUGUCCCAUGGGUCUCACAGACUCAGGGUUACCGGUCGGGUUACAGAUCGUAGCGAACAAGAACAACGACCACCUCACUAUUGCGGUCGCCAAGGAGUUUGAGAUGGCUUUCGGGGGUUGGGUUCCGCCGAAUAAGCAGAGUAUGAUCACGAUUAAGACGGCGUGAGGAACCCUAAACAUCACAAACGUACGUGGUUUGGUAAAUGUAUAAACUAUAAGUGUAACGGCCGCACAAAGACUAGGGUGGUUGCACCAGAGGCGUUGUUAUAGUUAAAGUUAAGGUUAUCGUCAAAU